GACAAGCUCAGACUUUCGUCACAGGGGCAGACCAAAAUGUUAAUACAUAGGGUGAACAGGGGAGCAUCCUGCAAACUCCAUUAGGACUGAAACGAAAAUGACAUUCUUCCUGUCCCAUUCCACACCCUAACGAUUUGUCCAGUCCCUCACUGAACCUGGCAGCAGCUACCACUGAUUCCCAGCUGUAGACAUGCUCAGCAGAUCUCAGGGAAGACGGAGCCUAUCCAGUCUCUCUCAAAUAGCCUAUCAGAGAAAUGAUGAUGAUGAAGAAGAGGCUGCUAGAGAACGUCGCCGUAGAGCCCGGCAAGAGAGGCUUCGUCAAAGGGAAGAGGAGGAGUCCUUAGGCCAGGUGACCGAAAAAGUGGAGGUUAAUGCCCAGAACAGUGUGGGUGAUGAAGAGACAAAAAGUACCACCGUAUCAAACACUCAAGUUGAAGGAAGUGAUGAUGCUGCAUUCUUGGAGCGGUUGGCACGUCGGGAAGAACGACGCCAAAAGCGCCUUCAGGAAGCUUUGGAGCGCCAGAAGGAGUUUGAUCCAACAAUAACAGAUGAAAGUUUGUCACUAUCCAACAGGAGAGCUCAAAACGAUGCAGCAGAAAAUGAGACUUCGGAGAAGGAAGAGAAAAGUGAAAUCCGCCAAGAAAGAUAUAAAGUAGAGGAAACUGAAACAAUCACCAAGUCCUACCAGAAGAAUGAUUGGAGGGAACCUGAAGAAGACAAGAAAGAAGGAAAAGAGAAAGAAGAGGAAGAAGAGAAGCCCAAGCAGAGAAUCAUUGAAGAAAAUCAGGUAGAGGUGAUGGUAGAAAAGAAAACAGAAACCCAAGAGGAAAAGGUAGUAAUAGAAUUGAAAAAUGGUCAGGUCUAUGCAGAGGAACCUAAAAUAGAUGAGAGGACAGUAGAUACAGAUGAGUUUACAGGUAAUGAAAAAGUAGAGAAGCAAGAUCAGGCUGAGGCCGAGAAGCUAAGAUUGGAGGCUGAGGCAGAGAAGCUAAGGCUGGAGGCUGAGGCAGAGAAGCUAAGGCUGGAGGCUGAGGCAGAGAAGCUAAGGCUGGAGGCUGAGGCAGAGAAGCUAAGGCUGGAGGCUGAGGCAGAGAAGCUAAGGCUGGAGGCUGAGGCAGAGAAGCUAAGGCUGGAGGCCGAGGAAAGGGAACGGAUUAAGGCUGAAGAAGAACGGAGAGCUGAAGAAGAAAGAAUGAGAAUUGAAGCAGAGAAAAGAUUGGCUGCCCAAGAAAAGGAAAGGAAGGCGGCAGAGGAAAGGGAAAGGAUUAAGGAGAAAGAGAGACGAGCAGCAGAGGAAAGGGAACGGGCAAAAGCAGAGGAGAAACGUGCAGCUGAAGCAAAAGCUAAGCUAGAAGAGCAGAUGAUUAAAAAGCAGUUAGAAGAAAAAAGAGACAAAGCAGCAGAAAAACAGAUAAAAGGGGGGAAGGGAGAAGAGAAAAUGCAAGAAAAAAGGGUAAAUGAAAAGAAAGUACAAGAUAAUAAACUUCAGCCAGCUGUCCUAAAAACUCAGGGAGAAGAAAAAGGGCUCAAAGUGGAAGUUAAAAAAGAAAAAUCCCAAGAAGACAAGCCUACCUUCAAAAGACAGGAGAUCAAAGCAGAAAAGAUCAACAAGGACAAGGGGCCCAAAGAGGAAUUUAAAAGCAAUUGGGAUCGAAAGAAAGGGUUUCCAGAAGUCAAAUCUCAGAAUGGAGAGCUUACAACUCACAAACUUAAACACACAGAGAAUACUUUCAGCAGGAGUGGUGGGAAAGGGAGCACGGACACCAAGGAGGCUGAGCCGACCUCCCAGGUGGAGGCUGGCAAGAGGCUGGAGGAGCUGCGCCGCCGCAGGGGCGAGACGGAGAGCGAAGAGUUUGAGAAGCUAAAACAAAAGCAGCAGGAGGCUGCCUUGGAGCUUGAAGAGCUGAAGAAGAAGAGGGAAGAGCGCAGGAAGGUUCUGGAGGAGGAGGAGCAGAGGAAGAAACAAGAGGAGGCGGAGAGAAAAGUCAGAGAGGAGGAGGAAAAGAGGAGGCUGAAGGAAGAGAUUGAAAGACGAAGGGCAGAGGCUGCUGAGAAACGCCAGAAAAUCCCAGAAGAUGGACUAUCAGAUGACAAGAAACCAUUUAAGUGUUUCACUCCUAAAGGCUCAUCUCUCAAGAUAGAAGAACGGGCAGAAUUUUUGAAUAAAUCCGUCCAGAAGAGUGGUACCAAGUUAAGUCACCCUACAGCAGUUGUCUCCAAGAUUGACAGCAGACUGGAACAAUACACCAGUGCAAUCGAGGGCACAAAGGCUUCGAAACCAACAAAGCCAGCAGCCUCGGAUCUACCAGUUCCUGCUGAAGGAGUCCGUAACAUCAAGAGCAUGUGGGAGAAAGGAAAUGUGUUUGCGUCCCCCACUGGGACAGGCACACCAAACAAGGAAACUGCUGGCUUGAAAGUGGGGGUUUCCAGCCGCAUCAGUGAAUGGCUAACUAAAACUCCAGAAGGCAACAAGUCGCCUGCUCCUAAACCUUCCGACUUAAGGCCAGGUGAUGUAUCAGGCAAGCGCAAUCUCUGGGAAAAGCAAUCUGUGGAUAAAGUCACUUCACCUGCUAAGGUUUGAGACAGCUGGAGAAAGAACACUAGGUACCUGCUCAAGACGCUGGACCAGAUCAAUUCAAAAGUGCUCAGUUGUUCUGUUUUAUAUUUAUGUUGAUUUACUAAAAUGUGGGUUCUUUUUUUGGUUUAUUUUGCAUUAUCCCAGUUAAACCCAUGUAUAUUAGCACUGUAUUUAAUAAUCACAAUAUAGAGACAUUCAAGGUAAAAGUACUGCCUUUGCACAGGAGCCUAUUUCUAAAGAAACCCAUGCUGUGAAAUAUAGACUUUUCUACUGAGAGUCAUAACUCUAUGUCUGAACAGUGAUUUUAGCUGCAUCAGAAGUCAACCAAAAUAUAUUCAAGUUGAAAAAUGCCUAAGGAAUGUGUGCAGUAUCCAUAGAAAAAUAAACAGUUGCUACUUUUGGAAUACAGAAGUCAAUGUUUCUGCACUUUAGAAUAAGGCAUGGAAGAAAUAAUUUUAGUUGACAAUUGUAAUAUUUUCUGUAAGUUGCCCAUGUCAGAUUUGAGAUACUGCAGCAUUAAUUUGUCUUUUUUUGUUUGUUUUAUACUUCUAAAGUAUCACUUUUUCCAUUCUAGUUAAGUUAAUAUCUAAGUUGGAUUAUGUUAGCUGACAGUGGUACUAAUUCCUUAAGGUUGGUGGUUUUGUGGAUUUCUUUGGUAGUGAAUAGUAACAUGGACUGCAAUUUAGAAUAUAUAUGUAUGCAUCAGUAUGCAUACAUAUAUACACAAAAAUAGCUUUACAAAAUUUAGCGCCAAGCACUACUAACGGUAGGAUGCUUUAAUAUGUGCUAGAAUAUUAUAUUUAGUAAUAAACCUACAUAACUAGCCAAUAUCACAGCUUUUAAAAAAAUAAAAAAUCACAACUUCUAUAUUAAUAUUUCACAAUUGCCAUUAGAAGCAUGGCAGGAGAUCUGAAAAUUUUAAAUGUCAGAUGACCUUUGAUAAAAGGGAAGAAAAAGUAAUGAAAAAAGAAAAGUUAAAGGAGCCAACAUAGGUCAGUGUUUUCUAUAAAACACAUUAGUUAAUUUAUAUAAACUACGUAAUUCAAGGUAAUUCUAAGUACAGUGUGAAUUAUACCAAAGUAUGCCCCCCUGGAUCCUGUCCAAGGUCUACUCCUUUUUACAAGUGGAGUUCCCAUUAUAAGUUGAACAUGUUCUCUAAGGUCCUUUCCAGCCCUAAAAAUAUAUAUAAUAAUAAGACUGAUUUAAAAAAAAAACUAUAAACUUUUGCAGAUUGGUCUCAGGUGUGCAUAUAAAGACUAACUUGAACUAAAACUGGGCUUUAAAGAAAAAUUAACAAAUGUGAGUACUUAGGGCCCAAAUAAUUUUCUCUUAACAAAAUAAUAAUUUGUUUAAACUAUGAGGUUGUUUCCCUUGACUUUCUCAGUUCUUAGCCAGUGAAGAUGAGUUGAAAUUUCACAAACAUAUAUGAAUUUCCUACAUUUUGGAAACUUUUCCAUCCUUAUCCCACCUCCCCAAGAACCUUUAUUCAAUGACUCUUUUUACACGUACUUAUAAUUAAAGUAUAAAGUCUUUCUUAAAACAGCAAAGGUUUAUUCUUCAUAAUAGAAGAAAAUGGCACUCUGGCAAAUGGUUCCUGAUUGAAUAGCCAUGUAUUUGGGUAAAGUACACAGACACACUCACCUCUGGGUUGACUUAACAGAGUAAGCCAGGCUCAGUUCCAAGCUCCUGACAAGCUCUAGGAGUUUACAAAUCUGCGAUUUUUCCCCUUCCCAGGUGUAGUUGGCUGCAGGUACACGCAUACAAAUAGAGAUCCCCGACUGCAACAGAAUCUAUUUCCUUCCAAUUCAGCCAAGAGCAGCUCAGGAUUUCAGAGUAGUAGACCGGGGGUAAAAUAAAGCAGCAUCUAAGACUGUAACAUAACCAUCCACCCAUUUUUUAAAAAGAAGAUAGAAGGAUAGAAGACAAUGAGCUUGACUUUGCAUGCAGCACCUGAGUUCCCACAGAUUCCUUAAAAAUGGAGUGGAAAGAGUGAAUUAAGUCCUAAAAGAGACCUCCCUUGAAUUAAUUUGAUAUUGAGUAUUUAAAUUAAAACCCCCUUCAAAUAAAUAAUAUUUUCCUAUCAGGGAUAAAAUUGAGAAUAAAAUAUGCAGUAUAUCAAUCCUGAAUUAAGCUCCAAUGAUUGGUUGUAAUAUGGUUUAUUUUGGUUUAAUCUUCUUUAAAAAAACAAAAAGAACAUGGUUUUGUUGUUUACAUGUUAGAAGAUAAAUGCAUCUGUUAACUCUAAGAGGUGAGACUGCAAGUUGCCUAGCAUUUUCUGUGAAUCUGCCAUUUUAUAAACACUUCGGAGUUUUCAUUGACAACUGAUAGCUGCAAUACAAACAAUAUAUUCUGAAACUGCAUCCACAAUAAAUGAAAUAUCUCUAAAUA